CAGGGCGAUUUGUACGCGAGCGUCGUUUCUACGUCGAAUUUCCCUGAAAUUUUCCCGUUUUUUUCACGCGUUUUCAGUGUUUUACGGCCGUUUCGUUUGAUACGGCGGGUUCCGAGCGUAAUUCCCGGUACGGUGCGAGCGUUGCCACAGUGGAAAACCGCGCGAUUUUUUAACCACGACGGUGGAUGAUAAAAGUGUUGGAAACUUGAGUAAACUUGGCGCGUGGCUUUGUUGUUUAGUUGGUUGCCUAGUUUUAUUAUUUAUUUUUUAAAUUUGUUGGAGAGGUUUUUUUUUGAAGAGAAAAAAUGAGUCCCAGUUUAUAUGGUUCGACGAGGUUGAUAUUACCGUCUACGAAUCAGGAUUUAAGGAUGUUUAAUAAUAGCAAGGUGAAAAAAGUGAAACGAAUGCUUUUCGGUCCGGUGGACCCGAUCGCCACCCAAAAAUUCCUCGAGCAAGAAAUGAAGAAAAUCAUCACGGCCAAAUCGGAAAAAUGGAACAUUAACCUCGAGACCGGGUCGACGUUGACCGCGGACGGUUUGUACACCUGGAGGCCGGCCACGCCCCAAAAGGAACGAGUACCGCUCAGAAGGAUAGACGACUCAGAGACGGACAUUUCCGAUCAGUACUGUCCAAUGGAGACGGAUAACGUGAGGAGACAGCAGCCGUCGGAUAAAUGCGAAAACAACAACGUCCACCAUCAUCAUCAUCAUCAUCAUCAUAAAAUCCAAAGCAGGAUAACAGAUUACAUGAAAGUAUCAAAAAGACCGCUAUCCCCGUGCGACGUUUCGAAGAAACAACCGUCCUCGGGGUACCGCAACAACGACAUACCGGCUUCAAAAAUACCGAGACUCGAUAUGGCGAGUUAAGUUAACGUCUGAAUCACACUCAUCAUUCUACGAGGGACGUUCACGAAGUGAAUCGCUUUGAAAAAGUCGAUUCGUUCGUUGACGACGUUUUUUUUUGUGGAUAAUUUACCUUCUUCCCCUGGAUACAAAAUAUCGAUGAUCUCUAAAGUAAUUUUAUUAUUAUUAUUAUUUUUUUUUUAAGUAGAGUAAAAUAUUAAGUUUUUGUUCAGAUGAUUAUAUUAUUUUUUUUUUUUUGGUUCUGAGAACAACAGUUAAAUUUUUUAACGAAUAAAUUAAUCUCCAUUUUACCAAAGUAUUUAUUUAUUUAAUAAAAAAAAAAAGAAAAAUGUUUUAAACCUUAAAAAAAAAUAUUUUUUUUGUAAAUUUAACUGUUGCUCGGGCGUUAGGUUACUACUGUACGAUAACUUUUGUUGGUCUAUCAGACCAUUAUUAUAUUUAUUUUUUUUUGUGUGAUCUCUUCAAAAUCCUGCAUUUCUACCCCUUCCAUUAGGUUACCUUUUUGUACAGGGUGGUUCUUCUGCAACUCCAUGGACAUUUUUUGAUUCUACGUAAAAUUUCAUGAAAUUUAAAGGGUCACAUGAUAUAGUUUGCAAAAAUUUAAGCGAGUCAAAAUUUUAAUUUUUUUUUGAAAAUAUUGGCGUUAAUUAGAGGAGCGUUUUCUGAAUAAAAUGAGCCCAAACACUAUAUAUUUAUCUCCUUCCAUUAGCGAGAUAUUUCAAUUUGAAUAUAUUAAUAUACAGGGUGUGUCAAGAAAUAUAAAUAUAAAAAGUUGAAUAUCUCGAGAACGCUUAAAGAUAAAUGAAUGAUGUUUGGUGUUUUUGAAAUUGGAAACAUUUUCUACAUUUAUUAGAUAUAUCUUGAUUUAAAUUUUUUCGGAAAAAAAAAUUGAAUAUUUUUUAAAAGCAUACCGUUAAAUAGACAAUAAUUUUCUGAAUAAAAUGAGCUCAAACAUUAUAUAGUUAUCUCCUUUCAUUAGCGAGAUAUUUUAAUUUGAAUAUAUUAAUAUACAGGGUGUGUCAAGUAUUAUACAUGUAAAAAAUUGAAUAUCUCGAGAACGGUUAAAGAUAAAUGAAUGAUGUUUGGUAUUUUUGUAAUCGGGAAAAUAUUCUACAUUGAUUGGUACUAGAUACAGUCAAGAUGUUUUUGGAAAAAAUUUUGAAAAUGUUUUAAAAGCAUACUAUUAAAUAGGCAAUAAUUUUCUAAAUAAAACGAACCCAAACACCAUAUAGUUAUUUGCAUCCAUUAGCGAGAUAUUUCAAUCUGAAUAUAUUAAUAUACAGGGUGCGCCAAGAAUUGUAAAUAUAAAAAGUUGAAUAUCUCGAGAACGGGUAAAGAUAAAUAUAUUAAGUUUUGGUAUUUUUGAAAUUUGAAACAUUUUCUACAUUCAUUAGUAUUAGCUCGAUUAAAUUUUUUUCGGAAAAAAAAUUUGAAUAUUUUUAAGCAUACCGUUAAAAAGACAAUAAUUUUCUGAAUAAAAUGAGCUCAAACACUAUAUAGUUAUCUCCUUCCAUUAGCGAGAUAUUUCAAUUUAAAUAUAUUAAUAUACAGGUUGUGUCAAGAAAUAUAAAUAUAAAAAGGUGAAUAUCUCGAGAACGCUUAGAGAUAAAUGAAUGAUGUUUGGUAUUUUUGUAAUCGGAAAAAUAUUCUACAUCGAUUGGUACUAAAUACAGUCAAGAUUUUUUCGGAAAAAAAUUGAAAAUGUUUUAAGAGCAUACCAUUAAAUAGACAAUAAUUUUCUGAAUAAAACAAGCCCAAACACCAUAUACUUAUCUCCUUCCAUUAGCGAGAUAUUUCAAUUUGAAUAUAUUAAUAUACAGGGUGCGUCAAGAAUUGUAAAUAUAAAAAGUUGAAUAUCUCGAGAACGGUUAAAGAUAAAUAUAUAAUGUUUGGUAUUUUUGAAAUUGGAAAAAUUUUCUACAUUUAUUAGUAUUAGCUUGAUUAAAAUUUUUUAGGAAAAAAAAUUGAAUAUUUUUUAAAAGCAUACCGUUAAAAAGACAAUAAUUUUUUGAAUAAAAUGAGCUCAAACACUAUAUAGUUAUCUCCUUCCAUUAGCGAGAUAUUUCAAUUUGAAUAUAUUAAUAUACAGGGUGUGUCAAGUACUAUAAAUGUAAACAAUUAAAUAUCUCGAGAACGGUUAAAGAUAAAUGCUUGAUGUUUGGUAUUUUUGUAAUCGGGAAAAUAUUCUACAUCGAUUGAUCCGAGUUACAGUCAAAAAUUUUUUCAAAAAAAAGGAAAAUUUUCAAAAGCAUACCGUUAAAUAGAAAAUAAUUUUCUGAAUCAAACGAGCCCAAACACCAUAUAGUUAUCUCCUUCCAUUAGCGAGAUAUUUCAAUUUGAAUAUAUUAAUAUACAGGGUGUGUCAAGAAUAAUAAAAGCUAAUAUUUCAAAAACGGUUAAAAAUAAACAUAUUUCGAGUAUUUUUAGCUAUUUUUGAUACACCCUCUAAAAAUUCAAAAAAAAAAUCAUUUGUCAAUAUCUCCAAAACCGCCGAACCAAAGUAUAUCAUGUGACCCAUCAAAUUUCCUAAAAUUUCACGUACAAUCCGAAAAUUCAAUAAUAUACAGGGCGUCAUAUAUAAAGUAACAAAAUUAGCCCCCAGUGAUCAAUUUCAAUUUUGUUUUCUCACCCUAUACACCUAAAGGUAACCGACCAUACACCUUAAGCAGCCAAAAAAAUCAUCAAAUUAUACCUCUGCAAGGCAUCACAACAAACGGGUGUAAAUAGUUACAUUAAUACAAAAAAAAAAAACCGAACCCGCCCUGUAUAUUUUUGUAAAUUAAGAAAUUUAAUCUGAUUUUUAGGUUUAGGCGAUACAUUGUUUUCCCAUUUAUUUAUUUUAUUUUUUUGAAUUGUAUAUAGUCGAAUAAAAAAAUUGUAUUAUGUAUUAUGCUACAGGGUCGUUCAGUUACGGUGGGUCAAUUUUAAACUUACUGUGUGCAAUGAUGGAUUAUUAAUAAUUAUAAUAUACCGGGUGUAAAUAUGAAGAGUUUUUUAAUUUGGCCUAUCGGGGUUUUUUUUAAACGUCAUUUUGAUGAUUUUCCGUGGAAAUUUUAAGGGUGGAAGAGACGAUUUAAAAAAAAAAUAACCUGAUUUUCUUUUUUUUUUAAUUAUUGGCCCAAAGAAAUUAGUACAAAUUAAUUAAACAAAAAAAAAAAAGAAACGUAAACAAAAUUUUUUGCAGAGUUUUAUGCUGUGGGGGGGAUGGGGGGCACUAUAUAUAUAUAUAUACAGGGUGCGUCAAAGUUCACUCCCCCACACGUAAAUAAAGCAGCUUUGCGCCAUUUUGUCUGACAAAAGGUCGAGAGUGUUUUUUUUUCCUGAAUUUUGGCUACACACGGGGUCAUUUUAGUAAAGUAAGGGUGCCUUUAUAUAAUAUUUCGUUCUUUAUUAACUGGGGGCAUUUUUCAAACGAUUUUGUGCCAAAAAAUUGACAGCAGUUAAAUAUACAGAGUGUGUCCCUCGUAUAUUUUUUUUUGUAUGAAAAUCAGUUGUUAAUUUUUCUCCUCAUAAUAAACUUUAUAUAUUAUGUGUAUACAUACAUGCAAUUGUUUCUUUUUUAAUUAAUUAAUAAAUACUUUUUAUAUAGUGUUCAAAAAUGCCUCCAUAUCGCGUUUGGUAUGGAAAACAGACAUAUUGAGCCUGAGUUGCAGAUCUCAGUUUUCUGCAAUUAAAUUAUUAAUUUUAAGGUUAUAUUGUUCGAUUAUAAUUUUUUUUUUAUGAUUGUGGUUUUAUGCCUUUAUUUAUAUAUGGCGGUGGAUGUUUCCGGACUGUGGGAAAGCUGUCAUUAAAAAAAAAAACAUUUUUUAGGGUGAAAGUUUGUUAUUUUUAAUGGGACACCCUGUAUUUUAUGGCAUUUUCGGAUUCUGCGUGAAAUUUCAUGAAAUUUGAGGGGUCACUCGGUAUACUUUGGUCAAAGGGUUCUCGAGAUAUAAACAAUUGAAAAUCGUUGCUUUUUCAACUUCCAGAGGUUCUCAAACAAAGACUAUUGAACUUACAGAAAAAUGGUUUUCAUAUUCUUAAUUAAAAUCGCCGAAAUUAUGAGAUUUCGCUUGUUUUGGUGAAAAUCAAGGUCAUCUGUCAAAAAAAGAAGCAAUUUUCAACUGUUUCUAUCUCAAAAACUAUUGGAGUAAACCAUGUCGAGUGACCCCUCAAAUUUCUUGAAAUUUGUCCAGGAAUCCAAGAAUGAAAUAAUAUAUAGGGUGUCCCGUUUGAAAUAAGCAAGUUUCGGACCAAAUUAGACUAAAAUUGUUGGAAAAUCCAUUAUUUUUAUUGGGACAGUAUAUAUUUUAUUAAAUUUUUAGAAUCUCUGUAAAAUUUCAAGAAAUUUGAGGGGUCACUCGGUAUACUUUGGUCAAAGGGUUCUCAAGAUCUAAACAAUUGAAAAUCGUUGCUUUUUCAACUUCCAGAGGUUCUCAAACAAAGACUAUUCAAUUUACAGAAAAAUGGUUUUCAUAUUCUGAAUUAAAAUCAUCAAAAUUAUGAGAUUUCGUUUGUUUUGGUGAAAAUCAAGGUCAUCUGUCAAAAAAAAAGAAGCAAUUUUCAACUGUUUCUAUCUCAAAAACUAUUGGAGUAAACUAUGUCGAGUGACCCCUCAAAUUUCUUGAAAUUUGUCCAGGAAUCCAAGGAUGAAAUAAUUCAUAGGGUGUCCCACUUGAAAUAAGCAAGUUUCCGACCAAAAUUAGACUUAAAUUGUUGGAAAAUCCAUUAUUUUUAUUGGGACGGUAUAUAUUUUAUUACAUUUUUAGAAUCUCUGUAAAAUUUCAAGAAAUUUGAGGGGUCACUCGGUAUACUUUGGUCAAAGGGUUCUCGAGAUAUAAACAAUUGAAAAUCGUUGCUUUGUCAACUUCCAGAGGCUCUCAAACAAAGACUAUUCAACUUACAGGAAAAUGGUUUUCAUAUUCUGAAUUAAAAUCGCCGAAAUUAUGAGAUUUCGCUUGUUUUGGUGAAAAUGUCAAAAUCAAGGUCAUCUGUCAAAAAAAGGUGCAAUUUUUAACUGUUUCUAUCUCAAAAACUAUUGGAGUAAACCAUGUCGAGUGACCCCUCAAAUUUCUUGAAAUUUGUCCAGGAAUCCAAGGAUGAAAUAAUAUAUAGGGUGUCCCACUUCAAAUAAGCAAGUUUCGGACCAAAUUAGACUUAAAUUGUUGGAAAAUUUAUUAUUUUUAUUGGGACAGUAUAUAUUUUAUUACAUUUUUAGAAUCUCUGUAAAAUUUCAAGAAAUUUGAGGGGUCACUCGGUAUACUUUGGUCAAAGGGUUCUCGAGAUAUAAACAAUUGAAAAAUCGUUGCUUUUUCAACUUCCAGAGGUUCUCAAACAAAGACUAUUCAACUUACAGAAAAAUGGUUUUCAUAUUCUUAAUUAAAAUUGCCAAAAUUAUGUGAUUUCGUUUGUUUUGGUGAAAAUUAAGGUCAUAAAAAAAGAAGCAAUUUUCAACUGUUUCUAUCUCAAAAACUAUUGGAGUAAACUAUGUCGAGUGACCCCUCAAAUUUCUUGAAAUUUGUCCAGGAAUCCAGGAAUGAAAUAAUAUAUAGGGUGUCCCAUUUGUAAUAAGCAAGUUUCGGACCAAAAUUAGACUUAAAUUGUUGGAAAAUUCAUUAUUUUUAUUGGAACGGUAUAUAUUUUAUUACAUUUUUAGAAUCUCUGUAAAAUUUCAAGAAAUUUGAGGGGUCACUCGGUAUACUUUGGUCAAAGGGUUCUCGAGAUAUAAACAAUUGAAAAUCGUUGCUUUUUCAACUUCCAGAGGCUCUCAAACAAAGACUAAUCAACUUACAGGAAAAUGGUUUUCAUAUUCUGAAUUAAAAUCGCCGAAAUUAUGAGAUUUCGCUUGUUUUGGUGAAAAUUAAGGCCAUCUGUAAAAAAAAAAAGCAAUUUUCAAAUGUUUCUAUCUCAAAAACUAUUGGAGUAAACCAUGUCGAGUGACCCCUCAAAUUUCUUGAAAUUUGUCCAGGAAUCCAAGAAUGAAAUAAUAUAUAGGGUGUCCCACUUGAAAUAAGCAAGUUUCGGACCAAAAUUAGACUUAAAUUGUUGGAAAAUCCAUUAUUUUUAUUGGGACGGUAUCUAUUUUAUUACAUUUUUAGAAUCUCUGUAAAAUUUCAUGAAAUUUGAGGGGUCACUCGGUAUAAUUUGGACAAAGCGUUUCUGAGAUAUAAACAAUUGAAAAUCGCCUCCUAUUUAAAUGCCAGAGGUUCUCAACCCUGAAAUAAUUGAUAUAGAAGAAAACGGUUUUCAAAUUUUUGUUUAAUUUGUUCAAAAUUAUCGGUUUCACUCAUUUUAGUAAAUAUGUCAAAGUCAAGGUCAUCUGUCAAAAAAGGAAGCGAUUUUCAACUAUUUCUAUCUCAAAAUCUAUUCAAGCAAACUAUACCGAGUGACCCCUCAAAUUUCUCGAAAUUUUAUCAAGAAUCUGAAAAUGAAAUAAUAUAUAGGAGUUCCCGUUUGAAAAAAUCUAUUUUCUGCCCAAAAGGUUGUUAUUUGUAUUGGGACACCCUAUAUUUUAUGACAUUUUUAGAAUCUCUGUAAAAUUUUAUGAAAUUUGAGGGGUCACUCGGUAUACUUUGGUCCAAGAGUUUUUGAGAUAUAAACAAUUGAAAAUCGACUCUUUCAACUUUCAGAGGUUCUCAAACGUAUAGUAUUUGAUAUAGAGAAAAAUGGUUUUCAAAUUUUUGUUUAAUUUGUUCAAAAUUAUUGGUUUCACUAAUUUUAGUAAAUAUGUCAAAAUCAAGGUCAUCUGUCAAAAAAGGAAGCGAUUUUCAACUGUUUCUAUCUCAAAAUAUAUUCAAGCAAACUAUAUCGAGUGACCCCUCAAAUUUCAUGAAAUUUUGCAUAGAUUCUAAAAAUUUAAUAAAAUAUAGUGUUUUCCAUUAAAAAAAUCAUUUUUUUGCCUAAUAUCCGUUAUUUUUGUCGAGACACCCUAUAUUUUAUUUUAUUUUUAGAUUCUAUAUAAAAUUUCAUGAAAUUUAAGGGGUCACUCGAUAUACUUCGAUCAAACAGUUUUUAAGAUAGAAACACUUGAAAAUCUCCUCUUAUUUAAAUUCCAGACAACGACUACCAUUCAACAUAAAGAAAAAUUCUUUUUACAUUUUUAUUUAAAUUUAUGAACAUUUACUCAAAAAUGUCAAAUUCGGCCUGUCAAAAAAAAACUUCAACUGUUCAUAUCUUAAAAACUACUUAAGCAAACUAUGUCGAGUGACCCCUCAAAUUUCUCGAAAUUUCACCAAGAAUCCCAAAAUUCAAUAAUAUACAGGGUGUACCAUUAAAGAAAAUGCCCAAUUUAACUUUGAAAGUUUUCCCACAAUCCCUCCCACUGCGCAUAAAUGGUUAAAUAAACAGGGUCUUCCCCCGUAUAUUUAACCAUAAAAAUUGAAUAUUAAGGCCUUAGACAAUUAUUUGUAAAAAAAUACACAUUUUGAGAUAUAAAAGAAAAAUACAAAAAAAAAACUUAACAUCUGUGAUGUAUUAUGAUAUGAUCUCAAAAUAAGAAAGAGAAAAUAUAUAUUAAUAUAUUUGCUUAGGAAUUUUUUUGACGUCCCCCUGUAUUUAUUAAUAUACAGGGUUGAGGUGUAUAAGCACUGGUUAAAAUCGCAUACGAGGGGCGUCAAAAAGUUCCUUGAAUAAUAGUUAUUUAACGAGCGGUUAGGAUUAAUAAUAAUGAAUUACAUUUAGGAUUAAUUAAUUAUUAUUGUACAUUUGUUGUAAAAAAAAAAAUGAAUAACAAUUUUAAAGUAUAUGUGGAGCUUGAAUAAUAAAGGCUUCCUUUUGUUAGUGUA